AUGAAAGCAUUAAUUAUUGUUGAUAUGGUAAAUGACUUGGUAUCAGGAGUACUAGCCAAUACUGAAGAUGCAAACAAGAUCAUUCCCCAAAUUAAAAAGUUGGUUGAUCAUGCAAGAGCCAAUAAGGAUUGGUUGAUUGUCUAUGCCAACGAUGCACAUCACGAAGAAGAUAGAGAAAUGCAAGUUUGGGGUAAACAUGCCAUGGAAGGCACUGAAGGUGCACAAGUCAUUGAAGAAUUAAAGCCAAUUGGUGGUGAAAGAGAGAUAAUUUCACCAAAGAGAUUUUAUGGAGCAUUUGAUGGAACUGGAUUAGAAGAGGUAAUGAAGAGUCAUGGAGUUACAGAGACUGUUUUAGUUGGACAACACACUCAUUGUUGUGUUAGACAUACUGCCUAUGGAUCGUUUAUGCGUGGAUACAAGAUUGUUGUUCCAUCGGACGGUGUUUGUGUGUUCCCAGGUGUCGAUAACCAAGCUGCUCUAGAUUAUUUAAAGAAUAUUUAUCUUGCUGAAAUUACAACUACAGAUACUAUUAUUGCUGCAAACUAA